AUUUCAGAGAUGCGGGUGCUUUUCCAAACACCAAUAAAAACAUUUUGCGUUAACCACACCGACAUUUAUAUAUUGUUAUUUUACUGCAUGGGCUUUGCGAGUAACUGUACUGCCCUACAAAUAAUCUGGUAAUGUCCGUGGGUUUAAGCGGAGGUAGAAAACUAACUUGAGACCGCAGUACGGUACUGCGUUUAGCUCGACGACAUAAGCCGCUGGGAACGCGGUGUGCUCGCUCUAUUAGAUCAGCUCAGCUCCCACAUUGAGGUUAGUGAUUUUAGGGAUCCCAUCUUCGGACAGAUUUAUCUCCCACGACUGCUUUUUUAUUGGUAACCAGCUGUUCAAACUGUGACAACUAUAGGCACCCUGUUAGCCCGGCUAGCUAACAGUAACUGAGUCAGUUUUCUGCGUUUUUGAAGCGUUUUGCUGGCUAAAAAUAUCACUUCUGGCUCCCAUGCUCACUGCUGCGCUACUGAAAAGUGGCGGUGGGCUAGUUCACGUUUGACUUGGUUUUUGCUUUGUUUAUUUUUGGUGCGGUUGCCCCAGAGUUUGACGCUCUACAUGGUCACUACAGUGAAUUUGAGACGAGUGGAAGAGCGAGUCGGACCCCGAGGUUGUGAGCCGAGCUGGCCCGAACUGUCGUUACAUCGUACCGGCUGCUGGGCUUCGGGUCUCCGGGCGGACCACGCUCGGCUUUGGCUGAUUGGUGGCCGAAUAUCAUUUAGCAGUAAUGGCCUUAUUUUGUCAUCAGUAGUGAUAUAACAAACCUUGGUCCGGCCCAGAGAGACCUAACCUUUUGUUAAGGUCAGAGUAAACUCUUUGUUUCUACUUUCUGACACUGGCAACAGACUUGAUCUGUCCGGAGCAGAGACACCAUCAUCAUGUCAGAGGACAACAGUGACAAGUUCAUCAAGGAGACAUCAAUUCUGGAUGAAUAUAGCAUAAACUGGACACAAAAGUUGGGAGCUGGAAUCAGCGGACCUGUCAGAGUGUGUGUAAAGAAGUCGACUCAGGAACGCCUGGCUCUAAAAAUCCUCAUUGAUCGCCCCAAGGCCAGAAAUGAGGUGCGUCUCCAUAUGAUGUGUGCCAUCCACCCAAACAUCGUGCAAAUACAGGAGGUGUACGCCAACAGUGUCCAGUUCCCUCAUGAGUCCAGCUCCAGAGCGAGACUUCUGAUUGUUAUGGAGAUGAUGGAAGGUGGUGAGCUCUUUCACAGAAUCAGUCAGCACAGGCACUUUACUGAAAAGAUGGCCAGUCAGGUCACUAAACAGAUUAGUCAAGCGUUGGCACAUUGUCACUCCCUGAAUAUUGCACAUCGUGACCUGAAGCCAGAAAACCUGCUCUUCAAAGAUAAUUCUCUGGAUGCACCUGUGAAGUUAUGUGACUUUGGCUUUGCCAAAAUUGAUCAAGGGGACUUGAUGACCCCUCAGUUCACACCUUACUACGUAGCACCUCAGGUACUUGAGGCUCAAAGAAGACAUCAGAAGGAAAAGUCUGGAAUCAUACCUACCUCACCCACUCCUUACACAUAUAACAAGAGCUGUGACUUGUGGUCCCUCGGCGUGAUAAUCUACAUAAUGCUGUGCGGCUAUCCUCCGUUCUACUCCAAACACCACAGUCGCACCAUCCCAAAGGACAUGAGGAAGAAGAUCAUGACGGGCAGCUUUGACUUUCCUGAAGACGAGUGGAGCCAGAUCUCUGAAAUGGCCAAGGACAUCGUACGCAAGCUCCUGAAGGUAAAGCCAGAGGAGAGGCUGUGUAUCGAGGAAGUCCUGGCUCAUCCGUGGCUCAACUGCACCGAGGCCCUGGACCACGUGCUGCCAUCCCCACAGAUGAUGAUGGACAAGGCGGUAGUCGCAGGCAUCCAGCAGGCACAUGCAGAGCAGCUCGCCAACAUGAGAAUUCAGGAUCUGAAUGUCAGUCUGAAGCCUCUCAACUCUGUCAACAACCCAAUCCUCAGGAAGAGGAAGCUGCUCGGCUCCAAACCUACAGACGGUUUCUUCAUCAACGACCCAGAAAACGGAGGGGAGGACUCCAACGUAGCGCUUGAAAAAUUAAGAGACGUCAUUGCACAAUGUAUACUACCACAAGCUGGAGAAAAUGAGGACGAGAAGUUGAAUGAGGUAAUGCAUGAAGCCUGGAGGUUCAACAGAGACUGUAGGCUGCUGAGAGACGGUCUGCAUGGGCUCAACUGGGACGGGCGAGGCUUCUCUGAUAAAGUCGACCGAUUGAAGCUGGCAGAAAUCUUAAAACAGGCCAUUGAAGAGAAAACAAAUCUCCAAGAAUCUCAUUAGCAGACGCUCUCUUUCUAUCCUCUUUUUAUAUCGUUUAUUACAUAUUGUUUAUUAUGACCAUUUUUAACCCAUAGCUGUAAAAAAUAAUUGUUUUAUGUCAAAUGAUGUGCUGUUUUCAUAAAUUUAAUUAUAAGAUCUAUGGUUGAGAUGCUGUACAGCUGUAGAUGAAUUUCAGAAGAUUUGUUGGUACUAUCGUUUUGUUUUUUAAAAGGACAAUGGCAAAGAACAUUAAAAAAAACAAUAUAUUUUCAUUUUUUGCAAAAAAGAAAAAAGAAAAGAAAAAAAAACAAAGGAAAUCUGUGAAAGAAAUUAUUUUUUCGGAGGGAAUUUUUAUUAGCUGCUCAUCUAAGAUGUCAUGUUUUAUCCCAAUUAUUUCAUUAUAUUUGAACCAUUCUAAGAAUUUUAUUUAUUUAAACAAGAAAAUUCCAGUCUUUUAUACCUUUUUUUUCUUGUAGCUUGAAAGUGGCUCUAAACUUAGAAAAGCUGUCUAUGAUGUGACUUUGUUCUUCCACACACUCUGCCUACAGGUAACUACUCUGAUAUCAGUCUCUUUUUUUGUACAACUUUGUUUGGCUUUUGUAACGUUGAAGCCAAAGGAAAGAAAGUAAGUGUCAUAAAGCAGAAAAAAGAUGCAGCCUCAGAUUUUGUUUAUCUUGCUUCCACUCGUCUCUUAAUUUCUUGUGACCUUAUAUUCAUUUAAAACCAAUAUUGUUGUCUUUUUAUGUUGUAAAACAAAUUAUUUUACAUUUUUGAGUAAACUAUAGAUCUAAAAUGAAAACCAUCUGUGGCAUUAAAUGUUUGCCUUUUAUUGUGAAAGGUUGCUCUUAUCAAUACUUUAAAAAUGUUUGUCAUAUCAGGUCUAAAAAGAUGAUGUUUGCGUGUAGCUGCUGGUUUUGCUAACAGAUGGGUAAAUUUCCUUCUAAACCUGUUUGUUUUUUUUUAAUCCUAAAAAUCAUUUUAAUUUAAACCCGUCCUUGAGAAAUGUUCUACUUCAAAUGUCCUACGUCCAAAUUUUUAUUUGAAUUAUUUGAUCAGUAAAAUCUGGUUGCAUCUGCUGGAUUUCAGAUCUAACUUUUUUUUUUUUUCAAAGUAAGAGUUGAGAAAAUAAACACGAAAAAUGCCUUUUCUUUUCUUUUAUGGACAUAAAGUCUGAAAAUAUCAGUAGGAAAGUCUGGAAUUUAACUCUAUAAUUCUGCAUUCUACUUAGUCUGCAAUAAGGCAAUCAUUUAAUGUGUACUCGGCGUGUACAUUUGUACAAAAAUAUAUUUAUCCAUCUGUCAGUAUUAACGCCCCAGGCUUCAUUUCAGUUGUUUAACUACAAACUAACUUCUCAUCCCCACAUUUACGCUGUUUACCGUCAUGUCGUUAAUUGGACAUCUUUAUGACUUUGUUUUCUUUAAUGCUCUAAUCAUAACUUCGGUUAUUUCCAUAAAGAAGGGAAUAGUUUCUAGUUUAAACGAGGCCAUUGAUUAGCACUUUGGAUAUAAAUUUGUCUUUUGUUCACUACUCAAACUAAUGGUAAAUGCCUCUAUUGAUGGAGCCUUCUUUUGUUUGUUUACACUUUUUAUUAUUUUUAUUAAUCGUGUUUUUGACCCUAAUCAAACUGUAUUUUUAUUACGUCAUUUUGAAACAUUUCACUGGAUGGUAAACGAUCAUUACUGUCCAGUAAAAAAGGGUCUGCGAUGUAUUUUGAUUUUGUCUUUUUCACAUGAAUUGAAGGAUUGCGUGUCCGUCUUUAUUUCUGUUUUACUUUAACCCUUUUUAAAACUCAGCUUUUGACCACCGUGAUACGUUUAAAACAGGCACAAAGAAGAACUCUUCCUUUUGUAUGUCUGCAUUUUGAAUUAGGUUUGGCGUUAAACAAAGAUUACUAACAUGAUUCAGAGAUUGUUGCUUUUUUUUACUGUUUUAAAGUUGCCCUUAAAAGCUAAAAUGACAAAAGCUUGUGGUUGAAAAGGCCUUAAAAUGACAUGUAUGAAAUUGUAUUCAGUGCAGUGUGCCUUGUUGAAGGGCAGAAUUCAUUCAUUAUUUACUGUCCUGCUUUACUUGUUUUCAUUCCACUGAGACGGGGAUUUGUUACCCUUGAACAAAAACUAUAUCUAGUGAUAUAUGAUUAAAAUAUGACCUACUUUUCAAAGAUGUAAGUACGUUUUUCAGUUGAGAGAUGAAACUAAUUGGAAACUAAUCAGCUUGCAGUUUCUGUUAUUUAUAGCCUUUUAGCUUAGCUUUACAAUGACUGGAAUCUUGUCCAUUUUGCAUCCAAAUUUUUAUAGUUAAAAAAAACCCUCAGAUGUACAGGAGGAUAGUGUUGAAUUUUAUGUUCCCAUCUACAUCAUGAGCAAGCUGCCAGUUUUGUUUUAACCUACCACUGAAUUCCCCAGCAUCAAAGAGUUAUUAAAAUUAUGGCUAAAAAUAACCAAAUACACUGAAAGAAAUAGUCCAUCUAAUCAGGUCUUACAAACUUGUAUCCAGCCAAAAAGUGUUUUUGAUCUUGUUUUGAGACUGAUAGACUAAGGAAGAGCAGUGUGUUAAAUUAGAUCAUUUUUGCUUCAAAACGUUUUAUUUUUUGUCACGUUACACAAUUUUUAGGCUAUUUCAACAAUAUAUCAAAAUGUUCAGGUGCUUCAGAGGAUUCCAGCUAUGACUUUUGGAAUUUCAGAAAUUUAUGCUUAUGGAAAUUUUUAGCCUUUUUAGCCAUAAUGAAGAUUAAUGGGGCAGUCGUCUAAAAUCUUAAAUUAAACAUUUCCUGCAUUUUACACCCUUUUUUUUUUCUUCUUUGCUCAUUUUAUUUUAUUUUUUCUUUUUCUGGUGUCUACUUUUUUGCAGUUAUCCUCUUGAUUAAAUUUAUAGAGUUUUCAGCAGUUUUCUGUAAAUUAAGCUACGUUUUAGGUUUUAGCCUUUCAUUUAAAUUCACCUUGAUAUUUUAGCUACCUUCUUUCAGCUAAUUCAAACAUUUCUGAUUCUUUGUCUUAGGUUCAGCUUUUUUUAGCUACUUUUCUGCUAUUUUCAGCAUUUUUGGCUAUUUCACAACAAACCGCAAACUUUACUUUUUUUUUUUCAGCCAAAAUCUUUCAUCAUUAAGCGAUCUUAUUCGCCUGGAAAUUUCUUAUUUCAAGAAGUCUCAUCAAGUGCUCUUCUCUUCUUGCACUGGCAGAUUAUUUCACUUCAUUUGAGAAGAUUCGAACCAUAAUCUGGGGGUUUUAAACCUAUUUUUAGAUGACUAAUUUUUGCAGUGUAUUAGUGUUUGAGUAGCCUAAAGAACCAUUUGUUAACUGUUUGUUUACACACAUCCAUAAAUUCUCUUUUUUGUCCACCUUCUCCUCAAAACACACAGAUCUAAUUUCCCCUCUGCAGGUUAGAGAUAUUUUUGUACUUUGCAGGCAUGUAUUGUUAAUGUGCAUGUAGGGUACUGAUCAUCCCAACUGGAAGAAAAACAAGAAUCCCAAUUGAAACAUGCAGUCCUGCUGACAUUUACCUGCUGAUUCAGUGCUAAAGAGUUUUAUACCUCAUCUGUCCAACGUGUUUUGGGGUAAAAAAAAAAAAAACUGCACCAUCUUUAAUACCAGCUUACGACAAAUGAUUUUGUCAGUUGCUUCCGUUUCUUCUGCUGUAGAUGCACUGAUAAAGAGUUGAGGUGUAAAGAGGAAGAACUUAUUUCUGAUAAAGGAAAUGUUCCUGUUUACGUUGAAACAAACUGUUUAGAGCGUUCUGCUUUAUUCCUCUUUUCCUUUGGCGUGGCGGUUAUGUAGCAUGAAUCCUCCAAAAAAAAAAAAAAAACUUGCUGUAUUUUGUCUUUAUUACAUAUUUGUGCCCUUUCUGCCUUCUUGGAAUGUCAAUAUGCUGACUUUUUAAUAAAGCAGUUGUUUGAAUUUUCAA